AUGGGGAUUACGUCGUCAAAUAAACGCUUCGACCUCGACGCAUAUCACGAAGAGAUGAAAGAGUGCCCACGACCAGGAAGAACAAUCUACUCACUGAAUGCCAGAACGCAAGCAACAUAUCCUGCUAAAACCGUUGUUUUUAAAUGCGGAGAGCACAUUCUAACAAUAAAUUCAGCUGAUGUCUUUGCACCGCAUAAUUUACCGCCCGCUUGUUUUCUAUCUCAUUCUAACUCGAUGAGUGAACGCGAGGAUGCGAUCUCGCUCCCGCUUGAGGCAACGUCUGCAUUCACCGGUACCGGUUCGGAGGCCCCUACCGCGGUUUCUCCGAGCCUUUUGUGUGAGAACUGA